AUGUCGACAACAACGCCGAUUCAACGGGUUGAAUUCGCCGAGAAGAUCUGCAAUCGAGAUCUCAACGGAUACGUGCUCUUCUCGACGGAAAGUGCGUGGAUUUGGGUCGGCGAGAAGUAUGUUUCUCGGUUUUAUAAAGAGAAAUCUGUUAACUUUAUUGUUUUUCAGCAAAAUUCAAUCAAUCGGUCUCGCCAACUAUCCCAACUUCACAAUGCUCGUCGACGGGGAAAACACGCAGAGGGAAUUCAUCAAGUCGAUCACUCUUCGGCUCACGAAAACAUCCAGAUUUACACAGGUUCGCAUUGAUUCGAAAUAAUCGAAAUCCGAACCGCCCGUUUUCUAUCCAGGUAUUCUUCACGACCGACAUUGAAUGCGAGGAGGCUCUCUUCUGGAAGGUGCUCAACGACAAGAUGCUUGAGAAACUAAACGAACUGAAUCCCGAAUAA